AUGGGCGAGUCAGACAUGAGGUCAAUGACUGAGGCUGAGGCUGAGGCUGAGGCUGAGGCUGAGUCGUGCUUUACUGAUCAGUCCGUCGCCGGCGGCGCCUCUCUGUCUCAGGACUGGCAGAAGCUGUCCGGAAGCUUAGAGACGCUGGAGUUCCGAUCCAACGCCGGCCUGAGAGGAGGAAUCCCGCCCGGUCUCGCCCUGCUCUCAAACCUGCAGUCGUUGGUUCUUGUGGAGAAUUCAUUAACCGGGCAGCUGCCGCCGGAGCUGGGGAACUUGGUGCUUCUCAGACGGCUCUCUCUCACCGGGAACCAGUUGUCCGGUCAAAUCCCGGCUUACAACGACUGGAAUGAGCUGCUGAUUUUGGACUUGAGCAGGAACUCCUUGUCGGGUCCUCUGCCGCCGUCGAUCCUUUCCAUGAACGCGCUCCUCAAGCUUGACCGGAGCAACAACCAGUUGAACGGGCAGCUGCCGGUUGCGAAGCAGGGGAGCCUGACGUUGCUCGAUCUGAGAAACAACAACUUCUCCGGGGUGGCGGGACUCGCCGGCAUGGCCACGCUGCAGUACCUGCUUCUCUCCGACAACCCCCUCCGUGCAAACCUCGCCGAGCUCGGACUGGAGAAUCUUAGGAAUCUGAUCGCCUUGGAUCUCUCGAGCACUAGCUUGCGCGGCGAAAUCCCAAAAACUAUUGCGAAGCUGAAGAGGUUGAGAUUUGUGGCGCUGAACGACAACGAUCUGAGCGGAAGAGUGCCCAAGAGCCUCGAAGAUCUGACUGAGCUCCAUGCGCUCUACCUGAGUGGGAACAAUUUGAGAGGAGUGCUGGAGUUCUCGGAUGAGUUAUACGCGAGGAUGAGGAGCAGGUUUGCUUGUCGGAACAACGUUGAGCUCUGUUACAGAGCUCGAGCAGCAAGCCAGCGGGUGGCGCCGCCUGCCAGGGUGCGGCGGUGCUGGAACUAG